GCUGGAUGUAAUGUGACACUGGAGCUGAGAGCUCAAGAGAGAGCACACCAUACUUCAGCAGCGCCGCGGAUAAUAGCACUCCUCCUCCGGCGGGAUUUAACCGGGUCUGAGCGUUGGAUGGCCGGGCGAUAGGGUCAGAGACGGUCUGGCAGGAUGAAUUCUUUCCCGUCCAUGGACAGACACAUCCAGCAAACCAACGACCGGCUCCACUGCAUCAAACAGCACCUGCAAAAUCCAGCAAAUUUCCCGACGGCGGCGUCGGAGCUGUUGGACUGGUGUGGAGAUCCACGAGCGUUUCAGCGGCCCUUUGAGCAAAGCCUGAUGGGAUGCCUAACGGUGGUGAGUCGUGUCGCAGGUCAGCAGGGUUUUGACAUGGAUCUGGGGUAUCGGCUGCUGGCCGUUUGUGCUGCAAACAGGGACAAAUUCACCCCCAAAUCAGCAGCGUUGCUGUCCUCAUGGUGUGAGGAUCUGGGUCGACUUCUGCUGCUGCGUCAUCAGAAAAGCAGACAACCCGAUCCAUCUGUGGGCAAGAACCCGAUGCAGGCCAACAUCAACAAUAUGAAACCGGCUCUGUCACAUGGUGAUGCAUCAUUUCAAUAUGAUUCCGUCUCCUGGCAACAAAACACGAAUCAGCCGCCAGGUUCUGUUUCCGUGGUGACCACCGUAUGGGGUGUCACCAAUACAUCACAGAGUCAGGUGUUGGGAAACCCCAUGGUGAACCAAAACAGCCACAUGAACCCUAUGACAGGAGGUAAUGGAGGUAUGAACCCGGGACAGUUUACUGGACAGCAGCAGUUUUCCUCCAAGGCCAGUCCAAACCAGGCCUGCAUGCAGCCGGGGAUGUAUGGGAGAUCCGGUUACCCUGGAGGAGGAGGAUUCGGGAACAGUUUUGGGGGCGGUCCUAACCACACAGGUGGGAUGGGCCUGCCUGCACAGACACACCCCCCUUCUGACUUCAGCCAACCAGCUGCUGCUGCCGCCGCCGCCGCUGUGGCUGCUGCUGCUGCUACGGCGACCGCUACAGCCACGGCGACGGUCGCCGCGCUACAGGAGACGCAACACAAGGACAUGAACCAAUACGGCCCGAUGUGUUCCUCCUUUCAAAUGGGACCAAACCAGGCUUACAGCACUCCGUUUGUGAAUCAGCCCGGCCCCCGGGGGCCCCCUGCUCACCCUGGGGCCAUGAACAUGGGGCAGCCACGGGGCCAGAUGGGGCCAUGUGGGGGUCAGAGGACACCCCAGCAGGGCUACGGGCCACGGCCAGUGCAGGGGGCGAAGAGACCGUAUCCUGGAGAGGGGAGCUACGGGCAGCUGUGCGGACCAAGCGGGCAGUUUUCCUCUCAGCAGGGUCAGUAUCUGAACCCUGCCGCCAGCAGAGGCGUCUCGUCACCGCAUUACACCGCUCAGAGGAUGCCAGCACAGAGCCAGACUGGCUACAAGGAACCCAGCAAUAACUUCAGCACGGGAAACUUUCAUUACAGUGGGCCUCCGCGGCCGAUGGGCAGUUACCCUCACUCUCCAUUACCGGGUGACCCCACGCCCCCCGUGACCCCAGGAAGUAAUAUGCCACCGUAUCUGUCGCCAAACCAGGACAUGAAGCCCUCGUUUCCUCCUGAUAUCAAACCUAACAUUAAUGCACUGCCGCCUGCUCCAGAUAACCCUAACGAGGAGCUCCGGCUGACGUUCCCGGUUCGGGACGGUGUGGUUCUGGAGCCGUUCAGACUGGAGCACAACCUGGCCGUCAGUAAUCACAUCUUCCACCUGCAGCCCACCGUCCACCAGACGCUCAUGUGGAGGUCUGAUCUGGAGCUUCAGUUCAAGUGUUAUCAUCAUGAAGACAGACAGAUGUACACGAACUGGCCGGCGUCGGUGCUGGUCAGCGUCAACGCCACACCGCUCACUAUCGAGCGCGGCGACAUCAAGACUUCCCACAAACCCCUGCACCUGAAGCACGUGUGUCAGCCGGGCCGAAACACCAUCCAGAUCACCGUGACGGCCUGCUGCUGUUCGCACCUGUUUGUCCUUCUGCUGGUUCACCGGCCGUCGGUUCGAUCGGUGCUGCAGGGUUUACUGAGGAAGAGACUCCUCACCGCCGAACACUGCAUCACUAAAGUGAAGAGGAGCUUCAGUAGUGUGGCUGUGUCUGUCGGUGAUGAUGGAGUGGAACAAACGGCCAUCAGAAUCUCUCUAAAGUGUCCAAUCACGUUCAGACGCAUUCAGCUGCCGGCGCGAGGCCAUGACUGCAAACACAUGCAGUGCUUUGAUCUGGAGUCUUAUCUAGAGCUGAACUGUGAGCGGGGCUCAUGGAGAUGUCCGGUGUGCAAUAAAGCGGCUCUGUUAGAAGGUCUGGAGGUGGAUCAGUACAUGUGGGGGAUCUUGAACGCUCUUCAGAACUCAGAGUUUGAGGAGGUCACGAUAGACCCGUCCUGCAGCUGGAGGCCGGUGCAGAUCAAAUCUGAGCGGCACAUAAAGCAAGAUCCAGACGGGUUGAUGUCCAAGCGUUUCAAAACCAUGAGUCCCAGUCAGAUGGUGCUGCCCAACGUGAUGGACAUGAUCGCUCAGCUCAGCCCGGGAGCGUCUCCGUACCCCAACAACAGCACUAUCCAGUACAUCAGCCCAGGCAACCGUUUCCAGGGCCACAGUAAGUUUGGUGACUAUCCCCAUGGCAACGCCGCAUCAUCAUCAUCAGUGAGUGAGUUCGUUCAGGGGCCACACCCCCCCGCUGACCUCUCGACCUCUGAGAGCCUGACACACACGCUGCAGGAUACCAUGCUUCACCCCCUCAACACAGAUCAAUCCCACAAUGCUCUGCAGCACGGUAUGCAGCCGUUACAUCACAGCGGCCCGCCCCAUGCCUGCAGGCCGCCGCCCAGCCAGCGGAGCUCCGCCCCCCGCGGCCACAUGCACCCAGAGAUGACCUUUAACCCCUCGGCCAACCUGGAGGGUCAGUGUGGAGGUCCGAGCAGCGCAGACAUGCGCGAGGCCUCCUUAGAUCUGCUGCCGGACCUGAUGAAUCCAGACGAUCUUCUGUCGUACCUUCCCAGCAGCAGCAGCGACGACCUGCUGUCUCUCUUUGAGAAUAACUGAGACCCCAGACCCUCCACUAGCAGCUGCUCCAUACCUGACAAACACAAAUGCACUUACCGUCACCUCCUCUUCCUGCACAGACUACAGAUUUCAAAACCAGCGUUGACAGACGAACGGAUGCCGACGGUAGCAUUAUCUCUGCCUCCAGAUUCCUUAUUUUUAUCUGCCAGAACGACUGAUUGUCGCUCAGUGUUUUUAAAAUCUUUGUCAGCAAAUGAACGAGAGAAAUGCGGAGCUGCAAUGAACUUUGCAGCUAAAUUCAGUCUUUUUGAUUUUGAUUUUGAUAGGAAGAACCAGACAAACAAUUGAAGCACAGCUCUUAUUCAAAAUAAAUCACGUUGUUUGGAAGCGUAAAGGGGAAAAAACGGAAAUCAAACUCACACCAUGCAAUUAUCCAUCUAGUUCACUUCUGUUCAUAAUGCAGUUGUAUUAUUUUUGAGAAGCUCGUGUAAAUAUUUGUGAAUACAUUUGUUUUGAUUGGCCAUCCAUGUUUCUUCUGUCCGUGUGUGAAAACAUGGGCUGCGUUCAGAAUGCAAUGCUAUACUGAACUAUACUGCGUACUAUUUUAUAUACAAAAAUUAAUUAUUGACAA